CUACCGGAGGAUCAUGAGCAUUUGAAAGACACACAUACUAAUUAGCAGUACGGAAUUCUAGCUCAAUUUAAAAACUAGUCCAAUCGAUUGGCUAGAAAGGAAUUACAAAGAGUGAAAGAGUUUGAACCGUUAAAAGUGGAAAUCAAAACUUUUCACAUCUUUAUUCGUUACUUCUAAGAAAGAGAGAAGGAGAUGAUGGGAUCCUUUCCUUUCACCAUCAAUGGUGCUCUGCCCUUAUGCUCUUCUCACGAUCACCGUUCCUUGACCUCUCUCCCUGUAACGAUCUUCAAGAGCCAGGGAUUGCAACAAAAUGAAGAUGUGCGAUUUGUUAAACGUAGAAGCAGAGGACAAGCAUUUCUGGUCUUGGCUAAUCCUAAUGCUUCUUCAGGAAAAAGAAGUUUCAACAAUGAGGUGAUCAUGGUUGAUCCUUUGGAGGCCAAGCGCUUAGCAGCCAAAGAAAUGCAAGUGAUCCAAGAAAAAGAGAGACGGAGAAGACAACGUCAAAUUGAAGCAAUUAAUGGAGCUUGGGCUAUGAUUGGUCUUACAGCAGGGUUGGUAAUUGAAGGACAAACUGGAAAUGGUUUUCUGGCUCAGUUGGCUGGAUAUUGGAGAUUAUUCAUCAGUUUCUUUGUUCAAUAGUUCAUAUACUGCUUUAAGUCGAUUUUCAAGACUACGGUGAAGAACUUAACCAGAUUGCAGAAUCAUUCUUUCAAACUGUAAAUGUAAAAUAUUUCACUUUCCAUUUUCCCCACGUCCAUGCACUUGCAUUGGUGUGAAGGAUUAAAUUGUAUGGCAGAUUUGCUUUGACACUAUAACUAAUUCGAAAGCAAUGAUUCUGCCUAGAUGUUAUCUUGGACAUGUCUUCUGGUGAUAUUUGAAUUCACUUCAUCAAA